UCCGAUUUUCAAUCCAAAAAAAGUAAAAAAAACCAAACUAAAUUAACAAGAUGAGCUCCCCCCCGUCGCUGCCCCCACUACCCCCCGGCCGCCGCCGCAAACGGUCCUGCGCCGCCUGCUGGCUCAUGCACCUCCCAUGCCCCGACGGCUGCCUCCUCGCUCCCUACUUCCCCGCCGAGCGCGCCGCCGACUACGUAAACGUCCACCGCCUCUUCGGCCGCCAAAAAGUCAUCAACAUCCUCAACGCGGUGAAGCCGCACCUCCGCGACGACGCCAUCACGUCCAUCACCUACGAGGCCAACUUCCGCGCCGCCCACCCCGUCGGCGGCUGCACCGCCGCCGUCUGCACCCUCGUCGCGCAGAUCAACUACUUAACCGCCCAGCUCGACGCCGUAAGGCAACAUAUCGCCCGCUGUAUAGAGCCCAUGCAGAAUCUCGAUCAGAAUCUCAAUCAGUAUCCGAGAUUCUUGAAUCUUGAUCAACAGAUUCCAGAAGAUGCGCCGCAAUUCUUCAACGCCGGCGAUAAUCAGAUUAAUAAUCCGAUAGUCUUGAAUGGUGAUCAUCAGCAAAUUGAAGAAGAUGAUCAGCAGCAAUUCUUCAACGCCGGCGAUAAUCAGAUUAAUAAUCCGAUAGUCUUGAAUGGCGAUCAUCAGCAAAUUGAAGAAGAUGAUCAGCAGCAAUUCUUCAACGGCGGCGAUAAUCAGAUGAAUCCGAUAGUCUUGAAUGGUGAUCAUCAACAAAUUGAAGAAGAUGAUCAGCAGCAAUUCUUCAACGGCGGCGAUAAUCAGAUGAAUCCGAUAGUCUUGAAUGGUGAUCAUCAACAAAUUGAAGAAGAUGAUCAGCAGCAAUUCUUCAACGGCGAUAAUCAGAAUCCAGUAAGCUUGAAUCAUGAUCAAGAAUUUUUGGAAGAUCUGCAGCGAUACUUCAACUUCAACUUGAACGAAGAUAAUGAUCAGUGAUUCAUGAUUCGGAGAAUUGGAAGGUGAUCACCAAAGCUGCGUGGAAAUAUAUGAAGUUCUUGAAUGGUGAUCAAGAGAUUCAAGAAAAUGCGCACUUUUCAUAGUAAAUAAUUAAAAAAAUAUUUAGUUUCAUUAAUUUCAAUAUUUCACCGAUUUUCUAAUUGCUUAAUUUUUAUGUAUAGUUGUUUUUUUUUUGGGUUGGCAGAGAAUUGGAAGAUGACCAAAGCUGCAUGGAAAUGAUGGCGUUUAUUUAUUUUUUUUUAUUUUUUUUGCAGAUUGUAUAUUUUGUGAAUAGCUAUAGCUAUGAUUCCAUGUUUGUAACUUUGUAGCUAAAGAUAAGUCUCGUAAUUCGUGUUUUUGUGAAUUAAUAAAUGGAUCAUU